UCCCCGCGCGUCGUCCUCCUCGUCCUCCAGUUUCCAGCGUUUGGCUGGAGUACCCCGGCAGCCGUCGCCAUGCUACCCGCCGCGCUGCUCCGCCGUCCGGGCCUGCGUUCCCUCGCACGCCAGGCCCGCGCCUACGCCGAGGCCGCCGCUGCUCCGGCCCCGGCUGCGGGCCCGGGACAGAUGUCCUUCACCUUCGCCUCACCGACGCAGGUGUUUUUCAACGGUGCCAAUGUCCGGCAAGUGGAUGUCCCCACACAGACAGGAGCCUUUGGCAUCCUUGCGGCCCACGUGCCCACCCUACAGGUCCUGCGGCCGGGGCUGGUGGUUGUCCAUGCUGAGGACGGCACCACCUCCAAAUACUUUGUGAGCAGUGGCUCCGUCACAGUGAACGCUGAUUCCUCCGUGCAGUUGCUGGCCGAAGAGGCCGUGACGCUGGACAUGCUCGACGUGGGGGCAGCCAAGGUGAACUUGGAGAAGGCACAGUCGGAGCUGUCAGGGGCGGCGGACGAGGCCUCCAGGGCUGAGAUCCAGAUCCGCAUCGAGGCCAAUGAGGCCCUGGUGAAGGCUCUCGAGUAGGCGGUGCGUGGCCCUGGCCAGCAGCGAAACCGAGGCCCAGAACUGGGCAGGAGGUGUCCCGGGCAGGCUGAGCCGGCUGGCAGGGGGCCGGUCUGAGGAGCGGGGGGGGGGGGGGGGGGGGGGGGGGGAAGGGCUGCGAGCCGCCUGCGGGGCUUCUCCUGUGGCCGGAGCGGUCUCGCCAGAGAAGGCCGCCAGGGGGCAGCACGGCGCUAGCUUCCCGCCGAGAGCCCGCCGGGAUCCCACCUCCUCGCCAGAGCCGGUAGGCCUGGUGGCUGUGGGUAAGCCCAGACACCUGCUCUGCUGUUUGAGGAGGGGCUGUGUCCCCCCCCACCCAACCUCAUGUGUCACCCACCAUCCCCCUGAGCCUGUAGCCCCUGCCAUGGAGACCCGCUGCCAGCUGCCUCCAAGGGAUGGCCUGACCCCAGCUCGAGCCCCCCAUUAAAAGCCAGGGACCCGA